AUUGUUAUAACUACAAACCCAAGCACCCCCUGCUCGUAUCCGCAAUGUCAACCCAUGUCCAAACACCCGGGUUAGCUUCAUUCUAUCUGAUUUCAUCCUCUGUUCUUUUUCCAUAACCAAACUCUGUACGAAUGUUCUCCAAUUUCAUAAAUUCCAGGUUUAUUUGCUCAUAUCCCCAGUAAUCAUGUUAUCCUUUUCAAAUCCCAACUGUGCCCCAAUCUGCAAAACUCAAUCACUCCAUCGUUCCCGCUCAUUUAACCCAUCUCCAUUCCCUAAACCCACCAAUUCAAAUAAUCUAAAACCUCAAAUUUUCCGGUUAAUAUGCGCCGUUGGCGAGUUAGGUCAAAUGCAAGAAGUUGAAGAUGCAAGACCCAAGUUUAAGUGGGUUGAAAUCAACCUUGAUGAAAUGAAUGAGGCUCAAAGGAAUCAUAUAUCUCGAUUGCCGAAAAAGUUGACCAAUCGGUGCAGGGCUUUGAUGAAACAAUUGAUUUGUUUUACGCCAGAGAAGGUUAGCAUGUCUGUGUUGUUAUCUGCGUGGGUGAGGAGUAUGAAACCUGCUCGAGCUGAUUGGCUUGUUGUUCUUAAAGAAUUAGACAACAUGAAUCAUCCAUUGCGUUUUGAGGUGGCUGAAUUUGCACUUCUUGAAGAAUCCUUUGAACCGAAUAUUCGUGACUAUAGUAAGAUAAUUCACGGUUAUGCCAAACAAAGUCGAUUACAAGAUGCUGAAAACGCACUACAAGCUAUGAAGCACAGAGGCUUUGAAUGUGAUCAAGUGACUUUAACAGCUUUGAUUCACAUGUACAGUAAAGCUGGUAACUUUAAUCUUGCAAAAGAUACGUUUGAAGAGAUGAAACUUCUCGGGCUUCCUUUAGAUAACAGAGCUUACGGGUCAAUGGUUAUGGCAUACAUAAGAGCUGGAAUGUUAAAAGAAGGGGAAACGCUACUUAGAGAAAUGGAAUCUCAACAAGUUUAUGCGAAAAGCGAAGUUUAUAAAGCAAUGUUACGAGCGUAUUCCAUGAGUGGUGAUAGUUUAGGAGCUCAGAGAACAUUUGACGCAAUUCAGAUCGCGGGUAUUAUUCCUGAUGUUAAAAUAUGCGCUGUCCUCAUCAAUGCAUAUGUAACCGCAGGUCAAAGUCAAGAAGCGUGUGUUGUGUUUGAGAACAUGAGGAAAGCUGGGAUUCUUCCUAAUGACAAAUGUGUAGGUUUGAUGUUAGAUGUUUAUCAAAAGGAUAAUAAGCUUAAAGAAGUGAUGGAUUUUUUGAUGGGUUUGGAGCGAGAUGGGAUAAUGAUCGGGAAAGAAGCUUCGGAGAAAUUGGCUCGUUGGUUUAAAGAGUUGGGAGUUGUAGAAGAAGUUGAGCGUGUUUUGAGAGAUUAUAGUUCAAUGGAAUUGUUACAAAUUGGCGACUCAUUUUGAUGUUUGUGAUAACUUUGCAAAUACUUGGAGGGGGACUAAAUCGAGCAUCGUUGCAUGAUCAUGAUUUGUAAGACACUCGAGAAACAAGUAGUUGCUAUGGCCGACUUGCAGCAGUAAUUCAACAGAAGCUGCACGCCUGCCUGCACACGAAGAUCAUAAUUAAGUGCAGCAUCUCAAAAUCACCAAAUGCCAGAGAGGAAGGUGUUGUUUCUUUGAGGAACAAUUUAGCACAAACAUUUUUAGAUGAACUACAAUUUAACUCCCUAUUUAAAAUACAAUUGCUCUGGGACUCUACAACAGCUCUAGCCUUGCUAUUAUAGUAGGUCAAAAUGUUAUUCUUGAAAGUUCAUCAUAUAAAGCUCUGUUUGAUAGUUUGCAUGCAAUAGUAAAACAUUUAUAAUCA